ACUGAGGUGGAGGUGACCCCUCAUGGGCCUCCAGCGGAGUCCAGCGCCUCUCCUGACACACCCGGCUGUAGGGCUGCUGGUGCUUUUCAGUUGGAUGAGCUCUGCCCACCCCACCGACCUCUCAGCACUGGCUCAUCACCCCCAUUUGUGCCAGACCACACGGGACGCUGAAGGCCACCACUACCCGGGUUUCUUCUGUCCCCGUCUCUCCGACACUUCUGAGGAAGCCUACUGUUGCCACCUGCAGGCGGCCGGGGGUUCUUGCUGUACCAGGGAUGAAUUUGAGGCCCUAUACCAAGUAAACCUGUCUACUCUCCAGCCCCCUCCCAUCCUCAGGGGCCCAGGCCCGCUCCUGGCACUGGGCCUUUACAGUCUACUGCUGAUGGCACUGAUGACAGCAGAUUUCGUGCACUUCUUCCGUGGUCGGAGCCGGAGAGGACGCUUAGACGCCAGCAGCAGCCGCCUCUCUUCUCGGGCCUCCGCGGCGCGCCCCCUACGGGUCCCAGUGGGAACAGACUAGACGCCCCUGGAG